AUGAUCAGGCAUUAUGGUGAGGGUGAGCCUCAUGUGAUGGACGAGGGGAUGCUACAGAAAGCAUUAGAAGGGCAAACUGGGUAUGUCAGCAAGCAAGUGGACAUCCAAUUCAGUGAGGUCCUGCAGCUACAGCUAGCAUACAAAGGUAUCCGGAACAUUGAAUACUUAUGGCAGUUCACAUCCCUGACCAAGCUUGAGCUGAACAACAACAUCAUAAAGAAGAUCAAGGGGCUUGACCGUCUCACUAAUCUGACGUGGCUUAAUCUGUCGUUCAACAACAUAGAGAAGAUCGAGGGUCUAGAGACUCUGGUGAAGCUUGAACUCCUGAAUCUGUCCAACAAUCGAAUCUCUGUCCUUGAGAACAUGGACGCACUUGAGAAUCUCAAUGUCUUCUCCAUUGCAGACAACCUCCUGGGCGAGUUAGAAAAUGUAAUCUAUCUGAGAAAGUUCACGCAACUGCAUACCCUCAACCUAUAUGGAAAUCCCAUCAGCGAAGAUGAGAAUUACAAACUUUUCAUCACUGCCUACUUUCCAGACUUGAUGUACCUGGACUACAGGUCACUUGAUGAGGAGACAAAAAAUCAGGCACUUACCAAAUACUUUUAUGACAUUGAAAAAAUAAGACGUCAUGAGUUGCAGUUGCAACAGGCUGUGGAAGCAAACAAACGCCAGGAGGCUGAGCUACAGUUACACAGGGAUGCCUUUGUGGAGUUCCUGAAUGGCUCCUAUCUGUUUGAUAGCAUGUUCAAAGGUAAUCCAGAGGCCGAGAAACUGCACUGCCUGACUGGAGUGGCUGAUCUGCUUCAAACAUUUGAGAGCCAGAUGGUGGAGCUAUGUGCACAAGUGUUUGAAAUAGGCUUGGCUGAGCACAAGCUGAGAGAGGCAGAGGUGCAGCUCUUCCUGAGUGGUCACACAGAAGCUGUGGCAGACAACCAACAGAGGGCAGCACAGAUGGUGGCAAAUUUUGAGGAGCAUCAUGGAGAGACAAUAGCGGGCUUGCAGCAGAUGUCAGACACUAACCAAUUGGAGGUCAAGCUCAGCCACUGCAGAGAUGAGAUCAACCAACUCAGUGACAGCCUCAUGAAGCUCGAGAUCCAGCUGGUUAACCAGUUGGAGGACAUGAUGAAAGACUUUGAGUUGAAAAUCUCAGAUAUGGUCACUAACUUCAUUGAAACUGUUCAAGGAAUAUUUGCCCAGUGUCGGGAUCUGGAGAAUUUCCACCAUGAGAAGCUGAAAGAGAUUGCUGUUGCAACUCUAGAGAAGGUGGCUAAGAGCGAGGUGGAGGAGGACAUUCCAGACAAUGUGAGAAUGUUUUUUUUGGACAAAGACCAAGUGAUGAAUGCACUGGGCGCCUCACACGAUACCCACCUGGUGAAGAUCAAUGACAGAGAGAACCUGCUAGGGACACGUGUCAAUGCCUGGAAGGUGGCUCUCCUUAAAGAGUAUCAAGAUAAGGAAAUGAAGCGGAACCGCAUGCGCAUCUCAGAGAUCCACAGCCUUGCAGACUGUUUCAGGAAGCAGCUGGAGAGGUUGCAGUUGCAUGGCCAGUGAGAUACAGGGAAAAUUCUCUGAAUAUUAAAUUGAUGCAUACACACAAAACAAAAUGGGUACAUAUUCACAACCUGUAAGGAGAACUGCAUAACAAUUAACCAUAUAUCAGUAAUCUGAAAUUUUGCCUAUUUUCAUCACAUAUUAGAA